UUUGUGCUGGGCGGGCGGGCGGCCCCCUCCGCUCCUUUCGCUUUCCCUUUCCCCUCCCGCCCCGCUCUCAUGGCGGCCUGGUUCAGCUUCAGGGCGGAGGAGGACGACCCGGAGGACGAGGCGUGCUUCUGGCAGUACGACUCCACUUGGGAGGAAGAGGAGGAGAACGAAGAGGAGGAUGGCGAAGGCGGCGAGCCGGAGAGAGCGGAGGCGGCAGCCGAGGAGGAGCCGGAGGAUGUGGGGGAGCAGCCGGUGUCGAGCUGGGCGCGGGGCGCCCUGCAGGCCCAGGAGCAAAGAUCAAAUUCAUCACCACUGUUCCAGAGGGGUUUUCAGCUCUCGGGCAGUCGCAACUGGAACGCGGCAAAAGACCUGCAGAGAUACAGACAUCAUUACCUGGGCUUGGUAGAAUCAGAAAAUGAGGAGGAGGAAGAGAUGUGGAACUUGAGCUUUUACAAAAACGAGAUUCGCUUUUUGCCCCACGGUUUGUAUAUUGACACCCUGCUUGAAUGUUGGAAGAACAACUAUGAUGUUCUGGAAGAUAACCAUUCUUACAUACAGUGGUUAUUCCCUUUACGUGAGCGUGGGAUGAACAGGCAUGCCAGACCACUCACCUGGAACGAAAUCCAGGCCUUUAAGAGGUCCAAGGAAGUGAUGCAGAGGUUUGUACGUGCUUACCAGCUCAUGCUGAGAUUUUAUGGAAUCAUUCUGGUCAAUGAGGAAACUGGAGAGCUUAGGAGAGCAGAGAACUGGGCUGAACGGUUCCAAAACUUGAAUCGGUUCAGCCACAACAAUCUGCGGAUCACUCGCAUCCUGAAGUGCCUGGGGGAGAUGGGUUAUGAACACUAUCAAGUGCACUUGGUAAAGUUUUUCCUAACAGAAACUCUUGUUAAGGAGACACUACCAAAUGUCAAGAAAAGUGCCUUGGAUUAUUUCCUCUUCACCAUCAGAAACAAAAGGGAGAGAAGGGAACUGGUGCACUAUGCUUGGCAACACUUCAAACCUCAAAGCAGCUUCGUGUGGGGGCCGCAUGACAAACUCUUGAAGUACAGACCCCGCUCUGCCAAGUCACAGCUGCACCAAAAGGCUGAAGAUAAACAGGAAACUCCUGGUGAAAAAUCUGAGAGUUCUGUGGAAAAGGAUCAGAGCCAGGAACAGGAAGCUGGAGAUGCUGCAGACUUGCAGCCUGAAGUGAAUAAUGAUGUCAAAGAGAAGAUAAGUGAAUGUGCUUUGAAGGGAGGAGGUGAUGAGGAGAAGAAAGAGGUUUCACUUGCCCAGCAGGAAGAGAAGGGUUUAAACAGCGAGGGAGGAGAUGAGGAAGAGAAGAAAGAGGUUUCACUUGCCCAGCAGGAAGAGAAGGGUUUAAACAGUGAGGGAGGAGAUGAUGAAGAGAAGAAAGAGGUUUCACUUGCCCAGCAGGAAGAGAAGGGUUUAAACAAUGAGGGAGGAGAUGGCGAAGAGGAGAAAGAAGCUUCACUUACCCAGCGGGAGGAGAAGGAUUUAAACAGCGAUGCUGAAGAAGUGCAAGGUACAGCGGAGAAUGAUUGCACAAAGGAGAGCAAGAAGAGGAAGCUGGAUGCAAAUAUGGCAGAUACUAAAAGGAGUGGAGCCCUGAAAAGCCCUGACAUUGAAAACAUUGCCCGCAACCUAGGAGAGUGUGCAAUCGAUGCAGAGGUCCCCUCCUCAGUCCCCCUCUCGGAAGCAGAGGAGGACCAAGCGAUGCUGGAAGACAGUGAUGUGAGCACCAAAGACUCAGCGGCGCCAGAGAUCGCCGACGCGGCUGUGAAACGGAGGAAAGUUGAUAGAAAAGCAUCCAGAGGCAAAACAUACAACUUGGCCAUAAACCUGAGCAUGGGGCCCUCUGCCUCCAGUGCCACGUCAAACCCGUCUGCUGCAAGCACUGAGGCUGAAAAUGAAAGUGUCAGUGAGAAAAAUGCAAGUAGGGAAGUGGCAAGUGAAAAGAGUAGCAAUGAUGCAAAUCGUGGGGCUGAGAGACCCCUGGUUGCUUCCAAGCUCCCCGAGGCUGGCUUGUCUUCUUCAGUAAGUGAUGGCUUGGAGUCGAGUGCAGAUGAAGUCACAGCCAAGGGUGAUCAGCACCACUGUAACAGCAUGCUCCUGGAAGCCAAAAGUGAGGUAGAUGCAGUAGAACGACAUAAAAAGGUAGAAAAUGCAAGUGGAAAAGGGCAAGCAGAAGCCAUGGGCAAGAAACAAGUUCUGGAGAGUCUUGAGCAAAGCAUGGCAUCCACUUGUCCUGAAGAAGACAGUGCUGGGGUUGCAACACAACAACCUGAAAGCUCUGAGCAUGCAGCAGAGCCUUCUGAAGAGCAGGUAGCAGCAGAGUGAGUCCAGCAUGGCAAGCGCUGGAGCAAGCAGAGAUGACACUGCCCUAACUGCCAGGAGCCAGCUGUACUGAUUUGGAUAGCAGAAGUACCCAGAAGAAUAAACUA